AUAUUCCUGAUCCUGGUGCCAGAAAAGAUACCGUAAAAUGGAUAAGAGGCGAAAUAGAACAAUCGUCUGGCUUGACUGAGACUGAUAUGAUCGAACAACAGUUGUCAUAUCUCCAAAGAUUGAUGAAGCAAGUUCUGCCUGGCUUUGAGCUGGCUGCCCGGACAAGAAAACAAAAGGAACCUUUGCCCAAUGGA